AAAACCUCCGUCAGUGUGUGUGUGUGUAUGUGUGUGUAUAUGUAUGCAUGUGUGUGUGUGCAGAAUCAUGGCUUUGUAGUAGGAGUAAAGCGUCUCCUCGCCCGACCAGUUUUUCCAGUUUAAUUGUGAACACACACACACAGAAAGGCUCUUCAACGCUGACACGGAGCGAACAUGGAACAAUAAAACACUUUAAAACCCCUUCAGAGGAUUCACUUCAGCUUAAUUGGAGAUCGUGGGUGUCUCAGGAUGAACUCUCGAUCGAGAGCCGACUCCCAGGGUUCCCUGGACGAGCCGGAUGAUGAGGUUAUGCCAUACAGUGAUGAUGAGACGGACGCCGAGUUAGAAGAUGAACUGGAUCAAAGUGUAGACCAACUGCCAGAACCAGAAACCAGACCCGCGCCUGCCGUCGAGGCCGGUUGGAGCGUCCGAGCAAAUGACAGGGAAUAUUGCAAACGGCCAGAGUUUCAGAAGAAGGUCUUUCUGUGCAUCAAGAAAAGCAGAUACUCUGGAAAUGCAAUCAAGACCUACAAAUACAACGUGUUAACCUUCCUGCCGCUGAAUCUGUAUGAGCAGUUCAAGAGAGCCGCAAACCUCUACUUCCUGGGUCUGCUGAUCCUACAGAUUAUUCCUCAAAUCUCCACUCUACCGUGGUACACGACUCUGGUGCCGCUGGUGCGUUUGGGCAUCACUGCUAUUAAAGACCUGGUUGAUGAUCUGGCACGACACCGGAUGGACAAAGAAAUCAACAACAGAAAGUGUGACGUGCUGCUGAACGGCAGGUUUGUGGAGACCAGAUGGAUGAACCUGCAGGUUGGAGACGUGGUCAGACUACACAAAAAUGACUUCAUCCAGGCCGAUAUUAUGUUGUUGUCCACUCAAACCCCAACAGUCUGUGUUAUGUUGAAAACUGCGGAGCUUGACGGAGAGACGAAUCUGAAGUUUAAAAUGGGUCUGAAAGUGACGGAUGAGCGUCUUCAAGAGGAGCAGCAGCUGGUUCAAUUAAUGGUGUGUGUGUAUAUAAGAGACUCGCUGGUGAAGUGUGAGGAGCCCAACAACCGUCUGGAUAAGUUUGUCGGGACAAUGAUCUGGGAAUCGCAGAGUUACCCUCUUGACCUCGACAACAUGCUGCUGCGAGGAUGCAAAGUCCGCAAUACUGACAUCUGUCACGGCCUGGUCAUAUUCGCAGGAAAUGACACUAAAAUCAUGAGGAACGGAGGAAAGACCAGGUUCAAACGCACCAGAAUAGACAAACGCAUGAACUACAUGGUUUACACGAUCUUUGUGUUGCUGGUGUUGUUGUGUGCUGGUCUGGCCAUCGGACACACAUACUGGUAUGAGAGCAUCGGCUCCAAGGCCUGGUAUUUGAUUGACGGACUGGACUACUCUUCAUCCUACAGAGGUUUCCUCAGUUUCUGCUACAUCAUUAUCCUUAACACCAUGGUGCCCAUCUCGCUUUACGUCAGUGUGGAGGUGAUCCGGCUGGGUCAGAGUAAGUUCAUUAACUGGGAUCUGCAAAUGUACUACGCUGAUAAAGACACUCCGGCCAAAUCCAGAACCACCACCCUGAAUGAGCAGCUGGGCCAGGUCGAGUACAUCUUCUCGGAUAAAACCGGCACGCUCACACAGAACAUCAUGGCCUUCAAGAAGUGCACCAUUUCUGGACGAACUUACGGUGAGGCUUUGACUGACUGAUAACCUUACAUUUAGACCACAGAUGAGAACAACAUCAUACCUAAAAAAGGCAUACCAUUGCCUGUGGAUUUCAGUUGGAAUAAUGCCGACAGGAAGUUCCAGUUUGACGAUCAUUUCCUCAUUUCCUGUAUCCGCUCAAAAAAGGACCCGCAGGUUCUGGAGUUCUUCAAACUGCUGUCUUUGUGUCACACCGUCAUGGUGGAGGAGAAAGAGGGUGAGCUGGUGUACCAGGCAGCAUCUCCAGAUGAGGGCGCUCUGGUCACGGCAGCACGAAACUUCGGCUUUGUAUUCCUGUCGCGAACACAAGACACCAUCACCAUCCAGGAGAUGGACAAACCGCAGACCUACACCAUGCUGGCGCUGCUGGACUUCAACAGUGACCGCAAACGCAUGUCCAUCAUCUUGAAGUUUCCGGAUGGCCGUAUUCGUCUGUACUGUAAAGGCGCAGACACCGUGAUCUACCAGAGACUUUCUUCACAAAGCAAGAAUAAAGAAAACACACAAGAAGCUCUGGACAUCUUUGCGAACGAGACUCUGCGGACUCUCUGUCUCUGCUAUAAAGACAUCAGUCAGGACGAGUUUGACAAGUGGUCUAGAAAACAUCAGAUCGCAGCCGUUUCAAUGGUGGACCGAGAACGGGAGCUAGAUGAGGUUUAUGAGGAGAUCGAGAAAGACCUCCUGCUGAUCGGCGCGACGGCCAUUGAAGACAAACUUCAGGAUGGCGUUCCUGAAACCAUCGCGAAACUAGCCAAAGCAGAUAUUAAGAUCUGGGUUCUGACUGGAGACAAGAAAGAAACUGCAGAGAACAUCGGAUACUCCUGCCAGCUGCUGACCGACGACAUGAAGAUCCACUAUGGAGAAGACGUGAAUGUUCAGCUGAGGAACAGACAGACUCAGAGACGCACUGACCCGCAGAGCCGAAACAAGAAGCUGAAGGAGCCGUUCUUCAAUGAGCCGGGCAAAAACGCUCUCAUCAUCACUGGAGGAUGGCUGAAUGAGAUCCUGUAUGAGAAGAAGAAGAAGCGUCGUCGUCUGCGUCUGAAGAAGCUGCGGCUGCGGCAGAAUAACCAGCAGUCCAGCAGCAGCACAGCUCCAGACAGCAGCCAGCCGGUGGACGACUGGGAGAAGGAGAAGCGGCAGGAGGAUUUCGUGGACAUGGCGUGUGAAUGCAGCGCCGUCAUCUGCUGCCGUGUCACACCCAAGCAGAAGGCCAACGUCGUCAGCCUCGUCAAGAAGUACAAGAAAGCCGUGACUCUGUCCAUCGGAGACGGAGCUAAUGACGUCAACAUGAUCAAGACCGCAGACAUUGGUGUGGGCAUCAGUGGUCAGGAAGGCAUGCAGGCUGUGAUGUCCAGCGAUUACGCCUUCGCUCAGUUCUGCUUCCUGCAGCGCCUCCUGCUGGUGCACGGCCGCUGGUCCUACAUCCGCAUGUGCAAGUUUCUGCGCUACUUCUUCUACAAGAACUUCGCCUUCACGCUCGUCCACUUCUGGUUCUCCUUCUUCAACGGCUUCUCCUCGCAGACGGCGUAUGAAGACUGGUUCAUCACUCUUUAUAACGUCUGCUACAGUAGUUUACCGGUUCUCCUCGUCGGACUUCUGGAUCAGGAUGUGAAUGAUAAGCUGAGUCUGCGCUUCCCGAAGCUUUAUCUUCCGGGUCAGCAGGGAGCGCUCUUCAACUACAGGAACUUCUUCAUCAGCCUGUUUCACGGCAUCUUCACGUCGCUCAUGAUCUUCUUCAUCCCGUACGGAGCUUUCCUGCAGACCAUGGGCCAAGACGGAGAGGCUCCAUCAGACUACCAGUCCUUCGCGGUGGUCGCAGCUUCAUCGCUCAUCAUCACCGUCAACCUGCAGAUCUCCUUGAACACCUCCUACUGGACUUUUGUCAACUUUUUUGCGGUUCUCGGCAGCAUCGCUCUUUACUUCGGCAUCAUGUUUGACAUCCACAGUGCAGGAAUCCAUGUCAUUUUUCCAAACACCUUCACUUUCACAGGCGCUGCAUCUAACGCUCUCCGACAGCCGUAUCUGUGGCUUACCAUCAUUCUGACUGUGGGAGUUUGUUUACUUCCUGUCAUCUGCAUCCAGUUCCUCUAUCAAACCAUCUACCCCUCAGUCGGAGACAAGGUCCAGAGGAACAGAAAGAAAUACGAGCUUGAGGAUGAAGAAGACGAGAGGAAGAAGAGGAAGCCCACGUUCCAGCGCGGCGGACGUUCUCGUCGCUCCGCGUACGCCUUCUCGCACUCGCGCGGUUACGCAGACCUGAUCGCGUCUGGACGCAGCAUUCGGCAGCGGCCGCGAGUCCGACCCGAGCUCAGAGACAGCAUUCGAGAAGUUCCUCACGCUGAAAACAUCUGAAACUAUCACUAACACACACGCCGAACGUGCCUUCACACCCUCAGCACAGCCAAUCAGAAAAGGUCAAGUGUCAUUUAAAGGGGCGGGACUAACCAAAGAGCCAAUGGGGAAUGGGGUAAGGGGCUUAAAGGGGAAGUACUAGUAAACACUGAAGAUCUGAGCUGGUUUUAAUGUUGAGCACGGUGUACAACACAUCCUUCAUCUCAGGUUCUUAUUCUGUGUCUGUUAUUCUGGAGUCUCACGUUUGUUUCCUUUCUUUAUUCAGAAUAAUCCAAUUUACUUCGAAAGGGAGAGAAAGUGUGUGUGUUUGUGUGUGUUUAUGUUUGUGCGUGUGUCUGUUUGUUUGUUUAUGUGUGCGUGUGUGUGAAUGUGUUUGUAAUUUCACCAUCUAUUAAAAUAUAAAGUGUGUGUGUGUCUGAAUGUGUUUGUUAUUUCAUCAACAGUUAAAAGGUAAAGUGUGUGUGUGCGUGUUUGUGUGUGUGUGUGUCUGAAUGCGUUUGUAAUCUUACCACCUGUUAAAAUAUAAAGCGUGUAUGUUUGCGUGUGUGUGUGUACAUGUGUUUCUAAUGUCACCAACAUUUUAAAUUGUAAAGUGUGUAUGUUUGUGUGUGUGUGUCUGAAUGUGUUUCUAAAUUCACCAACUAUUAAAAUGUAGUGUGUGUGUUUGUUUGUGUGUGUGGGUGUGUGUCUGAAUGUGUUUCUAAUGUCACCAACUAUUAAAAUUGUAAAGUGUGUAUGUUUGUGUGUGUGUCUGAAUGUGUUUCUAAAUUUACCAACAAUUAAAAUGUAGUGUGUGUGUUUGUUUGAGUGUGUGUUUGUGUGUGUGUGUGUGUGUGUCUGAAUGUGUUACUAAUCUCACCAACUAUUAAAAUUGUAAAGUGUGUGUGUGUGUGUGUGUGUGUCUGAAUGUGUUACUAAUCUCACCAACUAUUAAAAUUGUAAUGUGUGUGUGUGUGUGUGUGUGUGUCUGAAUGUGUUUCUAAAUUCACCAACAAUUAAAAUGCAGUGUGUGUGUGUGUGUGUGUGUGUGUGUGUGCGUGUGUGUGUGUGUGUGUUUGAAUGCGUUUCUAAAUUCACCAACAAUUAAAAUGUAGUGUGUGUGUGUCUGAAUGUGUUUCUAAUCUCACCAACUAUUAAAAUUGUAAAGUGUGUAUGUUUGCAUGUGUGUGUCUGAAUGUGUUUCUAAAUUCACCAACAAUUAAAAUGUUGUGUGUGUGUGUGUGUGUGUGUGUGUGUGUGUGUUAUCUCAACAACAAUUAAAAUGUAAAGUGUGUACGUUUGUAUGUAUGUAUGUAUGUAUGUGUGUGUGUGUGUCUGAAUGUGUUCAUAAUCUCACUAACAAUUAAAAUGUGGUGUGUGUGUGUGUGUGUGUGUGUGUGUGUGUGUGUGUGUGUGUGUGUGUGUGUGUGUGUGUGUGUGUGUGUGUGUGUGUGUGUGUGUGUGUGUGUGUGUGUGUGUGUCUGAAUGUGUUCAUAAUCUCACUAACAAUUAAAAUGUAGUGUGUGCGUGUGCGUGUGCGUGUGCGUGUGUGUGUGUGUGUGUGUGUGUGUGUCUGAAUGUGUUCAUAAUCUCACUAACAAUUAAAAUGUAGCGUGUGCGUGUGUGUGUGCGUGUGUCUGAAUGUGUUCAUAAUCUCACUAACAAUUAAAAUGUGAUCUGUGUGUGUGUCUAUCUGUCUGUCUGUCUGUCUGCAUGUGUUUCUAAUCUCACCAACUAUUAAAAUGUAGUGUGUAUGCUUGCGUGUAUAUUCAUGUUUGUUUGUGUGUGUGUCUGUGUGUAUUUCUAAUCUCACCAACUAUUAAAAUCUUCUUUAUUUGUACACUGCAAAAAAUAUUUUCCAUGUCAUAUUUCGUCUUGUUCCCACGUUAGAAAUAUCAAAACGUCCACAUUAACAGAUCUCCACAUGUUCCCGUUCAUGCCUAAAAUAUAAAACACACAAUUAUACAAUCAAAUCUGUUACCAUUCAAUAUUCAAAAUUCCUCUCAUAAGAAGUUCAGUAGAGUCAUUUCACUUCAGGAUGUUUACACAUUUUAAAAGCAAUACUUAUUUAAUAACUAAUAUAAAGGAAUUGGAUGUGUAUUAUGAGGGUAUUCAGUUCACAAAUGCUUUUUGUCUUCAAGCAAUAAGCCCCAAAAUGUUCUUUUUUAUUAAUUUAUGCGUGAAAUUUAAAUAUUUAAAUAUGAUAAUUAAUAUAAACAUAUACAACAUUCUGUGAAAUUGAUAUUCAUCUCAUUGUAUUAUCCAGCUUACACAUAUUUAUGGAAAAACAAGUCUGAUUGAGAAAAUAUUAGUUGCAGUGUAAUGAAGGCUGUAGUUAUUUUGAAUACGUUUCUGCAUAAAUGUGAACUCCAUAAGGAAUUAUCAUCUUGAUUUCCAUAAUCUACAUAUUUAAACCCUUUCUGCAGGAGUUGAAGGGUCGAAUUUCCACAAUCCUCACAACGGAUUUCCUCACGGUUUGAUUUUUUUCAGGGUGUCGGUGUUUCUUCUCGAUGAUAUUCCUUAUAAACCGUGAAUGAAUGAAUGACUUUUAGAGUGGCGAAGCAUCAUGUUUACAUUAAUACUCGUUUAUUGCUCAGAAAGCGCUCAGUUUUUGAUAUUUCCCAUAAAAUCAGCUUGGAAGGGUCAUGGAUUAUAUUUUUAAUGCACUCGCUGGGGUGUUUUCCUUCACUGAAAACUGGAUUCACUUCUUUUUCUUGAGCUAAGUGGUUGCAGACUAUUUAUAUGAGCUGAGUUUAAAGUUAAACAUGGCUACAUUUGUUUAAAUUCAGCCUAUAUAAAUGGUUUGCAAGCGUUUACCUCAAAAGAAAUGUAGUAAAUCCAAUGAGUGAUUGUUUUCAGUGCUGCUGUUCUGUGAGUUUAUUUUAUAUUUGGGUCGUCUCGCCAUCAGAUACGGCUGAAUCAUCUUGAGUUUGUUUGCUUCUCUCAUCGAAAUGACUUUGCACUUUGGUACAGGGAUCUGGGAGGUGGACGCCUUUCUUAUUUUAACCCUAGUUACGUGAACGCUGUUACAACGUUUUUAAGAGUUGAUGAUGUUAUGAUGAGAAACACUAUAUUUAUUCGGUUGAUGUUCACCGAAAAGGCUUUAUUCAGCCAUAUCAAUGAGACAAAUCUGCAUUUACACAGCUCUGUGGAUUGUCUGCCUGUAAUGUACUGUAAUAUACUUUGCACAGAUGUCUAUAAAUAAAGAAUUAGAUACAGAA